AUGGCCCAAUUUGGCCGCAGAAUCACAGACACAAGCACAACGACGAUGUCUGUCUUCUACUACGACCCCUUCACCGACUUUGAGCGCCUCUUCGACGACGCUUUCCGCGCUCGCACCAACAACCACAACCACAACAACCAGCUUGUGCUGCCCACCUCUGAACAUAGCGGCGCGGUGCAGGCCUUCAGGCCCAAGAUGGACCUCCACGAGAACGCCGCAUCUAAUACGGUGACCGCCACAUUCGAGUUUCCCGGCAUUAAAAAGGAGGAUGUCCACAUCGAGACCUCCCCUGGCCGCCUGCGGGUCUCCGCCGAGUCCAAAAUCUCGGAGGAACACGAAGAGGACGGGUAUGCCAUUCGCGAGCGCCGCUUUGGCAAGUUUUCGCGUACGCUCCAGCUGCCCCAUGGUGUUAAGGAGGAGGAAAUCAAGGCCAGCAUGGAGAACGGUGUUCUGACGGUGACCUUCCCCAAGACCGCCGCUGAGCAGACGCCGAAGAAAAUCACCAUUGCUUGA